CGGAUUAAUACGCCUUUUCCACACGUGUGUGGGUGAUCUAUAAAGAUAACCAUGUCUUCUUUAGAAGAGAACUUCCCUCGAGGGGGCACACAGAAGACAGCACGAGAAGGAAAAGCAGCCAUACAGCCGACAGUAGAUCAGGAUAAUUUAUUCAAAACACAGCAUGAAGAGCGAACUCCAAAAAGAAAGAAAAAGCAGCAAGAUCAAGCAAAGCCAAAAAAACUCAAGACAGAGAAGAAAGCAGUUGUAAAAACCAUUCCAAAGGAUUUUGAACUUCUGACAGCUGAGUCUCUCUCUGAAGGAAUGCUGGUCUUGGGCUGUGUGAAAGAGGUUAAUGAGUUUGAACUUACAAUCAGCUUACCAAAUGGGCUCUCUGGAAAUGUACAGGUGACUUGCAUAUGUGAAGCUUACAACAAAAUGCUGAGUGAGCAGGUGGCCACAGAUAAGUUUGUAAAGGAUUUGAGUCCUCUUUCAGACCUUUUCUCACCAGGAAUGCUUCUCAGAUGUGCUGUGGUUGGUGUCAAUAAAGGUGCUGAAGGACAUCACAGUAUACAGCUAUCGAUUAACCCUAAAGAUGUCAACAAGGCUUUGAACACUGCAGCUCUAAGAACAGGCAUGCUCAUCUCUGGAUGCAUCUCUAGCGUGGAAGAUCAUGGUUACCUUAUUGACAUAGGAGUUCAUGCAGCAAAAGCAUUUCUCCCUCGAGAGAAAGCCCAGAGUUACUUCUUAGCAAAGGAGAAAGGGGAUGAACUGAAGAUAGGACAAUAUCUAAACUGCCUUAUUGAUGAAGUAAAGAACAGUGGGAGGAUAAUCCGUAUUUCCAUCAGCCAGUUGGAGGUUGCUGCAGCCAUUGCAACAGAAGUGCAAGAUUGGACACUCCGUAAUUUGUUACCAGGGCUGGUGGUGAAAGCCCUGAUUCAGGAGGUGACACCUUUGGGAAUUUCUCUUAGUUUUCUGUCUUCUUUUACUGGCAUUGUGGACUUCAUGCACCUCGGUUCUAUGAAAUCAAGAAACUACUCUCCAGGUCAGAUGGUGAAAGCCUGUAUUCUCUCAGUUAAUCCCACCUCCAAGGCGAUACACCUGACUUUGCGCCCAGUUUUUCUUCAGCCUGGUACUCAGCUUGGCCAUCUCUCCAGUGGUCGGAUUGGCACAGUAGUGGUGGAUUCAAGAGUGAAGAGUUUCCACAAAAAUACUGGUGCUGUCUUCACAUUGGAUGAUGGUACCCUGGCUUUUGCCCAUCUAAAACAUCUUUCAGAUACUCCCAAAUCUUUCAAGCCUGAAUCCUUUAAGCCUGGAAGCAAGCAUAAGUGCCGAAUUAUUGACUAUAGCCCUAUUGACGAUCUGUUACUGUUAUCUCUCAAAAAGCGCAUUAUUGAUAUUCCGUUCCUGAGAUACCAUGAUAUUCAUCCUGGACAGGUGGUGGAGGGCUCUGUAUUUUCUCUGAAGAACAUUGGCAUGCAAGUAAAAGUGACUGCUCACAUCAAGGGCCUGGUACCUCACCUGCAUCUAGCUGAUGUGGUUCUGAAACAGCCAGAAAAGAAAUACAGUAUAGGGAGCACUGUCAAAUCCCGGGUGCUUGCUUGCAAUCCUGACACAAAGACGCUUAUUCUGACACUUAAGAAAACUCUUGUCAAUUCAAAACUCCCCAUUCUUGCUAGCUAUAAAGAUGCAAAGCCAGGUCUAGUUACUCAUGGAUUUGUUGUUUGUGCUAGAGAGUUUGGCUGUAUUGUGAAGUUCUACAAUGAUAUAAAAGGCUUGGUCCCCAAAAAUGAACUUGGUGUGGGACCCAUUACCAUUCCUCAGGAAGCUUUCUAUGAAGGCCAGGUGGUUAAAGUGAUUGUCUUAAAAUGUGAGCCUGAGCAAGAGAAACUGCUGCUGUCAUUCAAGUUGACUGAUAAUGCUCUUGCUGAGGACUCUACAGCAGAACAAGUUUCAAAGAAGCAAGAAAUGACAUAUGAAACUGGACAGAUUGCUGAUGUGAAAAUUCUAGAGAAGAAAGAAAAUGGCUUAGAAGUUAAAAUCUUGCCAAAUGAUGUUUCUGCCUAUCUUCCCAUAAUGCACCUCUCUGAUCACGUGACCAGUUGUAAACUCUGGUGGCAUUGGCUCAAAGGUGGCGAAAUCCUACGCAGUGUUAUAUGCCUUCAGGAAAAGGAAGGCCAUAUUACCAUGAGCAGGAAGCCAGCAAUAAUCUCAGCUAUAGAGGGGGAACAUGUGGUGAAGAACUUCUCUGACAUUCAGCCUGGAUUGCUGCUGAAGGGCUAUGUGAGAAACAUUAUGCCAUAUGGCGUGUUUGUGGAGUUCCCAUAUGGUUUGAUGGGUCUAGCACCCAAAUCGGCAAUGAGUGAUAAAUUUGUGACGGAUACCAAGGAUCACUUUGUGAUUGGUCAGACUGUGGUUGCCAAGGUAACGAGCAUUGAUGAGGAGAAGCAACGCUUCCUGCUCUCUUUGAAAUUGUCUGACUGCUCCUCUGAAGAUUCUGUUUCUGAGAGCUUCUCCUUGCUAUCCCAGUACUUUAAGGAACUUCAAGAGAUUAAGAACAUUAUGAGCAAAAGAGAUGAUUCUAGUGUAGCCCAGAAACUCUGUGAACUGAAACCUGGACAGAGGCUGCAGCUGGUGGUUCAAGAAGUCAAGGCAGAUGGCUCAGCGCUGUUCAGUGGCACAUGUGCUUCUGGGUUGACUGUAAUGGCCACUCACAGCCAUUUUGAAGGUAAAAAAAUUGUUACGGGUGACCAAGCAGCAGCUGUGAUUCUCCACGUGGAUUUCCUGAAAUCAAAGGUUUUUGUUUCUCUUCAAGAAGAGCUUCUUUCCCCGAAACAAAAACCGUUAACAGUGGACUCUCAGCAUCCAGCAGUGCUGCAGCAUGUGGCUUCAGAGUAUGCAGUUGCUUCCUUGGUCGAAACAGGUCAAUUGAUUGCCAUUCCUUUGGCCUCCCACUUCAAUGAUACAUUCCGGUUUGAUUCUGAAAAAAUGAAGGUGGGACAGUCAGUCAUGGUGAUUCUGAAGACCGUAGAGGCAGGCGAUCAUGGGUUCUUGCUUGCUGUACAAAGUCCAAAAAAGAGAAGGAAUAUAAUCAGGUUACGACGGGAAUCCAAGACACUGGAGGAGACAUCAGCCGUGGUGCAGCACUCUUUGUGCAUGGGAGAUAUGGUCACAGGAACUGUGAAGUCUGUCAAGCCCACCUUUGUCCUCGUGGCACUUGAUGAUAAGCUAACAGGCAACAUACAUGCAUCCCAGAUCUUGGAUGAUGUUCCCAUAGGCACCUUUCCCACAUCAAAGCUAAGGGUUGGACAGAGGGUCACUGCUCGAGUCAUUGGGGGUCGAGAUGUUAAAACUCACAGGUAUUUGCCCAUUUCUCAUCCAUGCUUCACCCAGACCAUCCCAGAGCUCAGUGUCCGACCAAGGGAACUGAAAGGAGAAAGCAAUACAGCCCUGUGUCCUGAUGAUUGCAACACAGAAGAGGCAUUAAAAUCUUUCAAGCCUGGGCAGGUAGUGACAUGCUUUGUGAAGAAGUAUAGCACCAUAAAGAAAUGGCUGGAAGUGGAUGUUACUUCUAAUGUUAGAGGGAGAGUUCAACAGUUGCUCCUUUCCCCUAACACCAAGGUCUUAAAACACCCAGAAAAACACUUCAAAAAUGGACAGGCUUUGGCUGCAACUGUGGUAGGCUCUGACAUCACUAAGACCAAGCUCUGUCUGUCACUGACAGGAAUUCAUUCUCUGGAGAAAAGAACCAUCACCUUAGGCUGCGUCAAAAAGGUGAUUCCACACGUUGGCCUGAUUAUCACACUUCCAUUUGGAAAGACUGGCAAAGCCAGCCUUUUCCACUUGAGUGAUUCAUUUGUUGAGCAGCCAGUAGAAGGUUUCAGCACAGGACAAGUUGUCAAAUGCUGUGUCCUUUCCAGUAAUGAUAAUGCAAUGGAGGUGUCCCUCCGGCAGUCCAGAGUAAAUCCAAAGAGCCAUGGUAAAGUGGAAGAUGCUGAAAUCAUGAGCCUUGAGAAUGUUCAGAAAGGUCAACUUGUCAGAGGUUAUGUUACUUCUGUAACACCAGCUGGUAUCUUCUUUGGAUUAUCAGACUCUGUUGUGGGCCGAAUCCCAUUGCAAUACAUCACCCAUCUCUUUGUGCCAGAUCAGUCCUUAUAUGCAAAAUUUGUACAUGUAGGACAGUUGCUCACUGCCAAAGUCCUCAGUAUAAACAAAGGAGAGAAUCAUGUGGUGCUCUCAGUUCUCCCUGAUGACACUGGGAAACCAAGUAUUAUCCCAGAGUCCCUGGGUUUGCUGCAGAGUGAAAAGAAGCUGAAGAAGUGCAAAAGGAGACAUUCUGAACGAGGACAGGAAAUAAAGCAAGGAAAGAAGAGAGGUCGUUGCACUGAAGAGGAUGAUAGUGGCAUUGAUAUCUAUUGCCGGGAGGAAGAAGAAGAGGAAAAGAAUGAGAAGAGCUCUAAGCUGAAAAGAGAGAUUCCAAGGCUGACGGUUUCAACCGCCUUUACAUGGGAGGAAGAUUUAAAUGUGCUGGAUACAACCAUGUUAAGAGAGAGAGAGCAGAGUUCUGCUAGUGAGGAAGAAGAAGAAGAUACGCAGUCCACGACAAAAAAACAAACGAGAAAGAAAAAGGAUCUGGAGAAGCAAAGGGCAGAAAAGGAACUUGCCAAAUUAGAAGCUGCCUUGAUGGAUCCUACUCGGCAGCCCCAGACCGCAGAUGACUUUGACCGCUUGGUCCUUGGCAACCCUGACAGCUCCAUCCUCUGGUUGCAAUAUAUGGCUUUCCAUCUCCAGGCCACAGAGAUAGAAAAGGCGAGAGCUGUAGCUGAAAGGGCCCUGAAAACAAUAUCCUUCAGGGAAGAGCAAGAGAAGUUGAAUGUGUGGGUAGCCCUGCUGAACCUGGAGAACAUGUAUGGCAUAGAGGAAGCUCUGAUGAAAGUCUUUGAAAGAGCAAUUCAAUACAAUGAACCCCUGAAAGUUUUCCAACAGCUGGCAGAUAUCUAUGCUGGUUCUGAGAAAUACAAGCAAGCUGAUGACCUGUACAACACAAUGCUGAAGCGCUUUCGCCAGGAAAAGUCUGUGUGGGUAAAAUACACCGAUUUCCUCCUGAAAAGAGGCCAGGUGGAGGCAGCUCACAGGCUCCUCCCACGCGCACUCAAGUGUCUGCCAAACAAAGACCAUAUAGAUGUGAUUUCAAAGCUGGCACAACUUGAGUUCCGGUUUGGAGAUCCAGAACACGGCAAGACCAUUUUUGAGAACACCCUGAGCACAUACCCAAAACGCACAGACAUCUGGUCAAUUUUUAUAGACAUGAUGAUAAAACAUGGCAGCCAGAAGGAAGUACGGGAUAUUUUUGAACGAGUAAUACACCUAAGCCUGGCACCAAAGAAGAUGAAGUUUUUCUUUAAACGCUAUCUAGAGUAUGAGAAGACAUACGGUACAGCAGAAGCGGUCCAAGCCGUGAAGGCAGCAGCACUGGAAUAUGUGGAAUCCAAGAGCAGUCUCCCUGAAAGUUGAUUUAUAUAGUGGACAGACUUUGGGGUCUUGUCUGUUAGAUAGCAGAGAAGCAUGACCACAGACACCGGGGGGAGAGCCGUCUCCGCUGGCUGUGCUUCCUGGUGAUCUCAGUAGCAGAUUGAGUUCACAAUGGACCAAAUCAACAUGACUUAUCUGGAACUGUAAAAGAGCAAUAGGCCUUAUAUUAUUUGUAUCUUUGCUACCUUCUCAUGACGAUUAAAUGAGGAUUCUGAAUCUUUAUUUAAAUGGCAUUUUAAAAAAGAAAAUUAAGAACAUGCAAAAAGCCCAUGGAUUUUGUUUACAUAUGGCUUUACUUAAAUGCAAUAAAAUGAUAAAAGUUU